GGAAACCCCAACUACUUCCGGUCCUUUUUCUACUGAUAAAAAAUCAGACAUCAUGCCUUUGGCUAGAGAUUUACUGCACCCUUCUCUUGAAGAAGAAAAGCGCAUGUGUAAGCUUAAAAGGCUUGUACAAAGUCCUAACUCUUAUUUCAUGGAUGUAAAGUGCCCAGGUUGCUACAAAAUCACAACAGUUUUUAGCCACGCCCAGACUGUUGUUCUAUGUGUAGGCUGUUCUACUGUACUGUGUCAGCCAACUGGAGGCAAAGCCAGACUCACAGAAGGUUGUUCAUUCAGAAGGAAGCAACACUAAAGUUUUGGUGGUGGGUUACAGCAGAGACACUUCAUACUAUUGCACCAAUUAUAAUGGGACUUUUAACAUCAUGAAGGCUUUUACCAGGUGGCCUUGGAUAUUGAACGAAAAUUAAAAGUAAUGUAAAUUAUUUGCAUUCAAUAUGCUGUGAAUAAAUGCUAUACCAACUACCUGGAAUAUGGAGUUCUGUGAA